UCAAAAUCGAGAUGUGCACAACGCAUGAGCGCAUCGGAAUAUUUGGUACACUUUCGGACAUUGGCACGGUUGCCGUAAAGCUCCUUAUCUCGCCCUUUCGAUGCCUUCUUAAGCGUAACCCAUGACGUGCCCUCGUCGCUGAGUGACAGCUGUUUGGACCAAUGGAAAGGGCGCAGCUGCCAUUUGCUCGCCUCCUAAUCCGGCGUCACACGAGGUGUUGGGCGGGGCGAAGCUUUUUUCAGUCUCCUCAACCGAGUGCUUUUUGACAGCGUCCCUGCGCAGCCUGUCAAAGUGCCCAAGGUGAAAAACUUUCUCCGGCGCCGAGCUGCCGUCCUGCUGUCCUGCUGCUGCCAUCAAAGCACAUUUGUCCCUCCGUGAAUAAACUUUCUUUGUGUCAUCGGAAGACAUUUCCCACAUUUCUUGUAAGGGAAGAGUUUUACUCCGUUGCAGAGGAUUUCACCCUGUCUGCGUACAUCAUGUUGUGCCGGUGGAGAGGGUUGUAGCUCAACAUGAAGCUCUUUGAUUGAGAUGCUGUCACCAGAAGAAGCCAUGCCUGAAGAGUGAAUUUUGUCCCUGCUUACAGCAAUAAGUGUGCACAUAAAAGGUCUCUACAUGAUUCUCCAUGUAGUCCUAUCUCUAAGCAUCCUGCUGGAGUGACUCUGCAUCCAGAUAGGAGUGCCCUGUCUUGCAGCCCUACCCUAAUGAUGCCGAUCGACGUCAAGAAUGCCUAACACCUAGAGUCCCAUGCGUCCAGUCGGCGUGGAGUCGGACGGCCCUGCUCCCAAUAGCUUCCUGAGCCCUUUCACCCCGGGGCCCCUGCCCGCCUCUGAGAUGUCUCUCUUGCAGUCACUGGGUCCCGUACAGAGCUGGCUGGGCCAAGAGCUGGAGAAGUGUGGGAUCGAUGCCAUGAUCUACACCCGCUAUGUCCUCAGCCUGCUGCUGCACGACAGCUAUGACUACGACCUGCAGGACCAGGAAAAUGACAUCUUCUUGGGCUGGGAGAAGGGAACUGGUAAGAAAUGGGGGAAGAGCAAGAAGAAAGGAGGGACAGACCUGAGUCUGGAGGAAAUGAAGAAACAAGCUGCUGUGCAAUGCCUGCGUUCUGCAUCUGAUGAAAACUCUGGAAUUGAAAGUUUGGUUGAGGAGCUUUGCUCCAAACUCAAGGAUAUCCAGAACAAACAGAAAGAAGAAAAACAAAUGAACAAGAAAUCGGAUGGCUCUCAAUCUCCUGAUCUUGCUGAGUCCCCAUCUUCAAAAGACCAGGUGGAAAUGUACUAUGAAGCAUUUCCACCUUUGUCAGAGAAACCAGUUUGUCUUCAAGAGAUUAUGACUGUGUGGAACAAGGCCAAAGCAUGUGCAUACUCCAGUUCAUCAUCCUCUGCUGUCCCGCAAACGAGCACGGACACCUCCUCUCCCAAGGACUGCAACAGUGAGGGCGAAGCUGCCAAAGACAAGACCACAGAGGCAUGCAGCAGUGUCAGUGAAAGGCCCCAGCAGCGACGCAGCAAAAAGGAGAAAGAGAAUCGCUAUUACAGUGGUAUGGCAGAAGAGAGAACGAUCUCCAACAAGAGGCAACUGAGACAUCGAUGUGAGGGUAAAUUUCGGCCCCGUUCAUGGUCAUCUGGGUCCAGCGAGGCAGGGUCGAGCUCCAGUGGGAACCAGGGUGAGUUAAAAACACCUGCCAAGUCCAUCAGGAUCAGACACAAGUCCAGAGAGGCUAAUAGAGGUAAAAAGGGGCGCAAUGGUCAGGUGAAGCUUGCACUGAAGGCCGUUGAUAGAGAUGAACGGAGGAACGUAGGUGGAAGCAGUAGCAGCACUGGAGGCCCACCUAAACAGCAGCUAACCUACAAAAGGGGGAAAAGGCCACUGAAAGAGAGCCGUAAAGAUUCUGUCUGUGGAGAAACGAAAGAGUCCAGCUGUGAGACGCGGAACAGAAAAGAGUACAUGGAAGAACCCCUGUGGUACACGGAACCGAUCACAGAAUAUUUUGCACCUUGCAACAGAAGAAGCAAGCUUGAGACAAAGUAUCGCAACAGACUGGAUUCACAUGAAGGUCUGCCUGCAUCAGCUGACAUGGAGCAGCUGUCAGAGAGGAUGCAAGGGAUCUGCAUCGGUAAUGCAACCUUCCAGAGAACGUACCUUGCAGCUGGAACUUUCGUUGACGGGCACUUUGUAGAGAUGCCUGGAGACAUUGAUGAGGCUGCUGAACUCAAUGGGACCUCAACCUGCCCUCCACCAGAGGAUAGUAGAGAUUUAGAUGACGAGCAUCUGUCUGAAUUCACUCACUUCUAUGAAGUUGACAUUUAUCAAUCCAUAUUGGAUCCUAGUGCCUCAGACUCGGUACAAGAGAGUCGGAUCUUAAGCAUGAUCCGACAGAAAAGCAAAGAGCAAAAAGACUUUGAGGCAGAAUGUUGUUUAGUGUUAGAUGGCCCUGAGCUGCAAGGGGAAAGUGCAAUAAGGGCGGAUUCACAAAGAACUUUUGUCGCUGAUGGGUUUUACAUGCAAGAUAUGGAAAAUAUAGCUCAAGUAUGGGAAUGUUAUUCAUCCUCUAGUUCUGAAGAUAUCGACGGAGAAAGCUUUGCAGGUGACUCUCCCGUUCAUCUCUCCCCCGUUCUGGAUAGCACAGUAUUCAAUGCAAGCAGGCUGCCCGGAAACAUAGAAGAGUACCUUUCAGAGGCAAAUGAGGCCCCUGGUUUGAACUCUUCUUGCUUUUCUCUUUUUGAGGUGCAAUACGAUAGUCCUACCCUUCCUUUUCCCUGCGACUCGCUCACCAUUGGUCAUGACAACACGGAUUCAAAUAGCUGUCUAGAUCCACUUGGAAACAAACGGUCUCGCUUGCUAAUAUGGACCAAAAAUAGUGCCUUCGAUGAAACUGAACACUGUUCUAAUCUUUCAACACGUACAUGUAGUCCAUGGUCACAUUCAGAAGAAACGCGUUCAGAUAAUGAGCAAAUUAAUGUGCAGUCAGAGGAGAUGGCACCAUUUGGAAAUGAAAAAAUUAAUUGUAUAGUCCCAUCCAUCUCAACUAGAUAUCUAGAAGAUGAGCUCUUAGACUUCCUACAAGAAGAUGCCAGCGUACAACGUGACGAGAGUAGCAUGGGCUCGUUGUCCAGUCAGAUGUUCAAAAAGAAAUCCAAAUUGGAGUCAAUUUGUGGAAUACCGCUGGAACAGGAUGAGAGCAAACACGCUGCUGGCAUUUUCACAGAAGACACAAACCAACAGAGUGAAAACUACAGCUCAGGGAUAAUUAAGGACAUUUGGACAACUAUUGGAGACAGAGAUUCCGUACCAAUUCGAGGAGAAAGGUCUGAUGAGGGAUUGUUCUCAGAGGAGAUAAAUAAUUACCAUUGCUGUUGUUUAGAUGUAGAGACUAAGCGAGGGCCAGAUCAGGGGCCUCAGAAAAUGGCAGUGCAGCGCCUGGAAUAUCACCUGUGGGAGGGUCAAAAUGAAGAGCAGGUGCUAUCAAAAAACGAGCUGUCUAAGGUGGACGGCGGGGAUUACAUGACGCCGUCCAAACCCUGGGAUGUGAGCCCUGAGAAGGACAACACGUUCAUUCUGGGAGGGGUAUACGGAGAGUUGAAGACGUUCGGCAGUGAUGGGGACUGGGCUGUCGUGCCCCCCGGCAGUGCCCGGGGCAGUCUUUUGCAGUGUGCCGCCGCCAGCGCAUCGGAUGUGGUUACUAUCGCUGGCACUGAUGUCUUCAUGAAUACAGGCAGCUGCUUUGCCCCAGGCCACAAACCGCUGUGGAGGCCCUUGGUCUCUUUUGGGCAGUGUGACCAGGCGACAAAGGGGGGAGAGGAUGGAUUAAAUAAGGGAUUCUCUUUAAUCUUCCAUGAAGAUUUACUAGGAACGUGUGGCAGCCUACAUGGUGAGGAACCGGGGUUAGAUUACGCGUUCUCGUCUUUUGACCUGAACAACCCGUUCUCUCAAGUCCUUCACGUGGAGUGUUCCUUUGAGCCUGAAGACAUGGCAUCAUUCAGCCCAGGCUUCAAGCCCAAAUCUAUAUUAUGCUCAGAUUCAGAGAGUGAAAGUUUCCAUCCACGGAUUUAUGGCAUCAACAGGACCCAGUACCGGGCGAUUCGCAUCUCACCCAGGACUCAUUUUCGGCCUAUAUCUGCCUCAGAGCUUUCCCCGGGAGGCGGGAGUGAGUCCGAGGCGGAGUCGGAGAAAGAAGAGAUGAGCCUUCCUGUCCUUGCUCAGGCGGACGUAUUUGACGACCCCCAGGCUGACCUCAAACCACUGGAGGAAGACGCUGAAUGCGAGGGCCCAUACUACGGGAAGUCUGAACUUGAAUCUGGUAAAUUUCUACCCAGAUUAAAGAAGUCUGGCAUGGAAAAGAGUGCCCAGACCUCCUUAGAUUCGCAGGAGGGCUCCGGCACCCUUUUGCCCAUAGCUGAGCAAGAGAUUUGCUUAGACUGCGAGACUGCGGCGCCGGCGGUGAGCGGGCAAGUUCAAAACUCUGCUGAAAAGAUUCAAACGGAAGAAUCUUGCAGCAAAACAGACGCGUGUCAAUGUCCAGUGGCGACUCGAGUUGCCCACUUUGGUGAAGCUUUUGACUUUGCUGAAGAUUUGCAGAGGUUUCCUCUGCUAAAUGUUGGUGCACAGGGAAGCACUGGUAGCCAGAAAGAGGAGUGCUGGUGGCAGAACACACUUUGUUCUCCUCUCUUUCCUGGGACUCAGUGUACAGGGAGCAGCAACAUGUGAGAGCUGCUCUGCUCCAGGGAGACGAGGAGCCCCUGGCCAGGCUUAAUGGCCUCCAAAGGCGGCUUCUGCUCGAGGGGCCCUCGUGGACCAGGAAACUCAUGAGCCGCCUGCACCAUGGACCUCUUCCCAACAUCUCCAACCCUGCUGAUUUUCACUACCUUGAAGCUAGUAAAAAAAAGGCAUAAAAAAAAAUCUGUUCAAAUGAUGCAGCAUUUGAAAGAGUCUUUUAGUUUUAUUUAGAUUUCUUCAGAAAUGAAUCAUUAAAAUAAAGUUCACCGUUAGGCACUAGGGAUAAUUAAUUUUUCCUCAUUGGUUUUCCCAAUCUCUUUGCUUUUGAAGUAGGAUACUGGUAGUUGUGGUGUCCGAAUGGUUGUGCAUGUGCCCGUCUAACUAGUCCCCGCUGCUUCCUUUAUGGUGUAACUGCUACAAUUUCCAUCAUUUGACUGUGAUGAUGGUGCGCAGAAUGCCAUCUGAAAGCUGCUGCUUGUAAUUUCUUGCAUGCUGUUCAGAAGAGCCUGCUUCUGUGUCGUCACUUCGGGGGUUCCUAAGCUGUGCCUUUCUGAGUGCAGGGUGGGAGAUAACAGGCAUGCAGGUUUCUGUUGGGAGAAUGUUGGCUCUCAUCAUGAUGCCCUCAAGUGUGUAAAGGUUGUUUUCUAUGAAAAGGGUUUGGUUCAUGCAAUGCUACAUUUUUUUCCCUAAUGUUAAAUAACAAAUGCAAAAAUGUCCAGGAAGGAAGAAUUUGUGUUUCAUUUAGUAACUAACAGUCCUUUACAGUAAGUUCUUGCGAGCCACUGUAGUCCCAUUUUGAAAUUCAAAUUUUUUUUCCUAACCUCAAUAUUAAAAACAAAUCGGUGCUAUGACAAAAUUAUCUAGAAGGCGUCUGUAGCAGUUGCAGCUGGAUAUUGUGGCUGUGAUUCUGUAGGUCCCGUAGCUUUGUUUGUUGUUAUUGCAGAGUGUAAGGAUCACUUGAUAUCUAUAUAUAUAUAUAUAAAAAAAAAAAAAUCAUUGUGUGACUGCUGUAAUGGCUCGCUUUGUGUGGCUUGGUUUUCUUCAAAGAUAUUUUUUACAUUGCGAGUUUGCAGAAUUACAUAAUAGACACCUUUUGGGUUUUAUAUUAACAAGUUGCAACAAACUUAAACUGUGUGCAGAGGGUCUCUUCCCCUUUUCACAAAAAAAAUUGCUGGUGUGCCUGUGUCACAUCAUAUUAUGUCUUUG